GAUUACGUGAAAAUUCAGCAAAUAACGGCGGCGCGCAGUUAUCGCGAACACUGUAUAGAUUUCGAAGUGCCGCGUUGUUCCAAAUUUUCGCUGGAGCGUUGCCGACCAUCGCCAGCCUGCUCUCGGACGGUUUCCCGGCUCGAUAAAAAUCGCUGGUCGAGUUAGCGCGAACGGACUAUGGACCUGGGAGAGGUCGCGUGCUCCGCCGUCAGGUGGCGGUAGCCACAAAACAGUGGGACAUCGUACAGACACCCUGCAACGGGACUGUGCUUUUCACAGAAUUGUUUUCCGCCGUUUUUUCCCGCAAAAACCACGCUGCUCCGCGGUGAUUUCUCGCCUCCUAGGAGCCCAAUGUGGGUGGAAGUGAGAUGGCAUCCAGGGAAAAGAAACCCUUAGCGCCUUCCAAAGCAAAACAGAAGGCGAAUAAUGAUUCUGGCUUGCAGUCCAAUGAGAUUAAAAGUAGAAAGGGCAAGUCUUUGUCGAAUCUAAAGCAACAGCAGCUAGCGAGGGACAUAAUAGAGGCUGUGGCAACGGAUAGUCAACUUCCACCGAAGUUGGAGGCAAGCCUGCCACGUAAGAAGGUUCUCAGGAAUCUCAAACAUAAGCAGAAACUAAGAGUAACGAAGGCAAGUUUAAUUAAAUCGAAAGUUACAAGGAAGGUGACCAGUAGAAAUUUAUGCAGAAUAACUUCUGACAUCAAGAAGAGCCAAGCGAGGGCCAAGAGAGCCAAAUUGUCGGUGGAGAGCAGCAGCAUCAAGGCAACCGAGAUCGGCUCGAGAACAGUAGAAAAUCACGUGAACGAGGCGGAGGGUGAAAGCAUCGGGAUUGACGGAGGUAAUAGAAGUGCCAAGAAUAAUCUCAGGACUAAAAAGACCAAGUUCAUACCAAAAACUAGUGAGGUGGAGAGUGAGGUAACUCCGGACAGAGACACGGACUCGCUUGCUGGAUCCAGUACGAAGAGCAGCCCGAAGCUUAGCAGAAAGGGUAGAAGCCUGGAGAAUCUAGACACUCUGCCUAGGAGCGUCAAGUCGACCAAAUUCACCGGAUUCAAGAGGAACAGCGUCAAGCCUGACGUCGAUAUUAAAUACACGAAGGGUAGGAAGAGCACCGCCAGAGAUAUCGACUGCGGCAACAUACGGGUCGCCAAGUCGCUUCUGGACACCAAGAGCUCCAUAGAUCUCACCAUAGACGAAGUGAUAGCUUGUUCAAUGUUGAGCGACUCGGAGAUAGACAGCCAGCAGGGAAUCGAGAAAAUAGAGGGGAAAGUGACGAGGAGUAAGAAGAUGUUCGUCGAGGAGUGCACGGUGCCGGACAUUGAGAUAAAAAAGGAGCCGGACAGCGAGACGGACGCGAAGAUCAUCACCUCCGACGGCGAGAACCAGGAGGCGGAGUCCGUUCAAAGUGCAAUUCAAUUGAGGAAAAGGUCGAACGCGUCGAUUAGCCAACGGAGCCUGCGAAAUGGCAAGUUACGUCAGUCGGACCAUACCUCCGGCGUGACCGCGGUCGACCUUGACCCGAAGAAGCGUCGCCGAUUGAACUCGGACGAUCCAGUCAGCUCGGAGGUCUCCACGGACAAGGAGGUGGCGGACAGCAACGUCGACACCGAGUCUUGUUUCUCCGAGUCCAGCUGCAACGAUCCCCAGCAGGCGAUCGCCGUGCCGGCCAAGGACGAAUUGAAGAGCUUCGAGGACAGCUCGCAGACUGGCUUGCCGGAGACGGAGAACAACAACAACAACAACAACAACAACAACGGCGGCGACAACAACAGGACGACGAGCGAGAUCGGGCCGACGCUCCGCUCGAAGACGAAGGCGAAGAGCACCGAGGUCGAGGUGAAGAGCGAGACGGUGAACAAGGGCGAGUACGGGCGGAUCGGCGGGCAAGAGGAGCUGAAGAAGAGCAACGCGGACCAAGCGAGGAAAGACAACAUCCUGGCGAAACUCACGGACAAGACCAAGGGUCGGCGAAGCAGCUUGAACAUUGACAUGAAGAAGACGGUGAACUCGUUCUACGGCGCGGAGAAGCCGGACGGGAACCCCAAGUCGCAGAUCGAUCAGAUGAUCGAGAACAUCAAGCUGACGAUCGCCAAGUCCAUCGAGAGCAAGAUCUUCGGGCCGGAGAAGGGGCUCGGUUUGAGCAAGAACUUCGAGGUGCCGAAGAUCGAGGAGAUCAUCGCGCCGCUGAGCGCCGAGUCGCAGAAACUCGGGCUGGAGGAGAACGCCGACGAGGAGAAGUCUGCCAUUUCGAGGAACGAGAUCAACAAGUCGGACAGCACGGAGAAUUCGGUGGCCGAGCUGAAGCCGAAGGUGGCCGACACUGCCAAAGAAAUCGAGAAACUAGUCAUGGGUGACAUCGAGCUCGCCGAAACGCAUUCGCAGAACGUGCAGGAGAGCGAGCCACCGCCUGACACCGACGCGAAUGGCCCCGAGGUGGUGCACGUCAUAGAGGUCAGCGACAACACAACCAGCAGAGCUGCCAAGGAUCAACAGGAGGAGUCGAGCGAGGUGUCCGACUCGAUAGAGGAGCGUGAAAAGGAACAGGUUGCGGACGAUCAGGCGAGAGCGACGGACGACGGUAAGAAAGCUGGUGUUGCCAGGAAGUCCUCGAGAACGACGGACAAGGGAUCUCCCCCCGAGAACGACGACGCUGUGAAAAAGUUAGGCAAAGUAUUGAACAGAGUAGCUCAGAAGUCUAGCUCUGACCGUCGCGGCGAACUCUCGGCUGAUUCUGAUAAACCUGUGGGAAUUAUUAUUUCAAAUGUCGUGUCGCUUAAAGAUGAAUCAACGAGCAAAGCAGUUGUUUCAGAGUCCUCAGUCGUUUGCGCUUCAGUCACGUCGAAGCAGGUGCAGGAUGAAGAGGCUGUUGAAGAGAAAGCGAUGAAAACGGACGAGACAGUGAAGGUCGAAGCGAAGGAUUCUUCGAGCGAAGUCGCUGCGGAGUCUGAAGACGAGGAGGAAACUUUAGAGAGCAUCACCAAGGAGGUAGAGAGAUUGGUAACGGAGGAUCAAUUGGAAACAAGCGCGAACGAAACGCAGUGCAGGCCGGAAUCCACAAGCAAAACGGAGGUUGUUCCCUCGUCACCUAGUGAAUUGGACGCAAUUGAUGUCGUGAAGCAGGAGGUAGUAAGCGUCGCUAAAGUCGACGAAAAGAACAACGCAGGUGCAGAGAGCGAGGUCGAGGUAACUGAGAAUGCCAAAGAAGUCGAGAAAUCCGAGGAAGAGACGACGGCGCAGCUCGCAAAGGACUCCGAUUCCACGAGCCUUGUUUCCAGCGAUACGUGUAAUCUCAUCGAGGACGUGAGAAAAGAUGCAAAGGAAAGUGAAAAGGACGACAAACGCGGGGCAAGUAACAACGACGCGGAUAACAACGACUCCAAUAAAGACAGUGCCGAGGAGAAAGAUGUUUUGUACAAUAAUUCAGAGAACAAUGAUGCAACAACAACCGCCUUGAGGGAAGAGACAGAGAGAUUGAACAAUGUCGUGGAGGAACAGAAAUUAGCCGCCAGCGAUGACAAUAAGAAACGGGUGUUGAGAGCCCGGGACAAAACGAAGAAGCACGAAAGGGGGCAAACCUCCUCUAACAAGGAACGAAACGAAGGAACCGUGAAGAUAAAAUUGGAGGAGGAAGCUUGCCAAAAGUCGCACGAGGAGGAUACGCAGGAGUUGGAGGAGAAGAUUCAGAAGGUGAUCACCGAGGACACGGACGACACUCAGAACAGCACUGAGACGGAGACGACGAACGAGCUGGAACGUCAGGCCCGCACUAGACGCAGCAGAGAGGCGAAGAAACGCAAGGACGAUCAGUUGAACACUUUGAAGAACAAACGGCCGAAACGGGAGAUCCGAAGGUACGAUCAGCAGAACAAGGAGGAGACCCUGCUGGACAACGAGGUGGCAAAGAUCAACGAGAACAAUCGGUCGUUUUUGAACAAAUAUGGAAACAACACCGAGUGCACGGCGAAUUUCCGCGGCUUCUCCGAGGGUGUCAGGGGAAGCUUGGAGAAGUGCCAGGACACCGCUGAUAACAUUAGAAGCAAGUCGGAGAACGACUUGAUCAUCGCGAAAGAGCCAAGCAAGAAGACGUGCGAGAACAGGUUGUCCCGAAAUUUGUCCGAGAACCACGUGACCAAGCAGACGGAGAAUAUAGAUAUCCUGGAUGCCGAUUGCAAGCCGAUAAAGACACCAGAGACCUCGCAGAAAGACUCUGACGAGACGUCCACGUCCGGCGAGUCGUCCAGCAGCGUCAAUAUCACUCCAAAGAUUCUGGAGACGCCGGAGGACAAAGCGAAGAAGGAGUCGAUCCUGGGAAUUCUUGGUUUGGAGCCACUGGAAAAGGCUGCCGAACGAUUGAACCAUCAGAAGGCGAAGAAGGAACAGUCCACCGGCACGCUGAGAACCGUAAUCCGUGUUCACAAGGAGAAGGAGAAGGACAAGAGGCGAUCGAGGUCCCCGUUGAAAAUGGUAUUGAAACAGGGUCGCGGAGACGGUGAAGGAGAUUCACCUGAGAAUUUCUACACUAUUCAGAAGGAGUUUGGAACCAGUGGUUGGGGAGAUAGCAGCUCUGGUGCGAACCGAAAGUUCUCUACUAACCACAGACACUCUUGCGACGAAGAUAACGAAGACACAGCACCAAAGGAUCGCCAGUCACUUGUUAUUCCAGAGAAAUCCUCAUCUUUCUCUAUUCAUCCAGGACGUUUGUGCGCAGACGUCUGUUGUUAUUGUUUUGGGAAAUUUGGUUCUCUGGACACACCGAUGCAUCUUGCUCAAAUGAAGUCCGACGAGAGGCGCAAAAAGAUUUUAAACAUAGAAAGACAUCUGACCAAGGAUUCUUGCUUGUGCGACGCUUGCUACCGCCACGUGGACAGAAAGGCAAAUACGAGUCCAACAAAUAUGCAAACGAAGCCGCAGAAACAGCACAGACAACUCAUGGUGUCCAAGUGCUCGGCCCGCGAAUGUAGAGACGCUGCACGACAUCAUGUGAAACGUCGAUGGUUGCUCAAAAUAAAAGCUGGUCUGCAAAAGCAGGUGGACAUUGAUUGGGAAUCGAGUCAACACACGUCCAUGUCGUUCUGCGUCAGUCAUUACUCAAAAAUCGAACGAUUCCUGGCCUGUGCGUUGUGCAAACGUAGGCUAGCGAGAAAUCACACUCAUCAACUGUCGAACGUGGAGACCGACGAGUUGAAUCAGUUGCUUGGACAGCAGGGCAUCCCCGUUAUUCUGGCGGCCAGUACAUUCGUUUGCAAAUUGUGUCGGUAUUUCACGCAGUUGCAGUUGAAAUACAAGGACGUGGACAAUAUGAACACGAAUCACAAGUCGUUUUUCAAGAGUUACCGGAAAAGGAUCCUGCAUUAUCACAACAUCGAGGUUUUGGAAACCGAGGACGAAGAUCCUUCUCAGAGUCAGGCCAAGGACAAGGACAAGGACAAGGACAAGGACAAGAGGAAGAAGAACAAGUGUAGUACUCAGCCUAAGACCGGAACCUCGAAAUCGCCGGACGGCACGACGAACUCCGCCUCUGAGAAGUCCACCCCGGAGCCAACUAAAAACGAGGGGGUGAACUCCGAGGCGGACACCGAGAACCGUGCCGCGAAGGUAAGCUUGAACGACGAGAACGUCGCGAUAGACGUGCAGUUCCUCGGCAUCGAGAGCACCGUGGAGAAACUGAAGAAACGCAAGCUGCUCGACAUGCACUCGUUCACGACGUCGGAUACAUCGAUAUCCUGUGAUAACCCGAACGAAGUCGUCGAGAUCCUCGCGAUGGACAAAGAGGUGACGUUGACGAGAUUGCCAAAAAAACCAAGGGCGAACAACGACAUCACGCCGGUUGUGCAGAGACUCGGUGCUAAUCCCUCGAUCAGUGUUCGCACCCUUUUCCCCGGCGAGGAGGAGAUGAAUCUUCACGCCAACAUAGAGUUCGCGAACGUCCGGGAGAUAACGCCCCAGGGAUGGGAGAAGUGCGCCACUAUGAUACAGUACGACAGAGACACGAAACUCCUCUGGCAAGAGCUGCAGAGACCGUACGGGAACCAGAGCUCGUUUCUCCGGCAUUUGAUACUGCUGGAGAAGUAUUACAGAUCUGGCGACUUGGUGUUGGCCCCGAAUGCGUCGCGAAACGCCAUCAACUACUCGACCUCCGUGCAGAAUCGUUUGAUAUCGUACGAGGGGCCGGAGAAGAUGGACGAGCCGAUAAUGGAGCCGAUCGCCUCGGAGUAUCACAAUUCUCGCCGGCUGAGCGGCGGCUACGUCCUCGAGAGGGACAAGCAUUCAUUGCCGAGCACGAGUACUCCCAAACAGCUGUCGUCCACCAGCGGCGCGCAGUCUGCAAAGGGCAGCCCUCCCCGAGUCCUGAAGCUGAACCCCGGCGUGUCGAUAAUCAAGAAACCGCCCCCUAAUCUGCAACGACUGAAUCUUCCGUCUACCAGCGCCAAUUCCGCGAACGGCAACGCGAGACGAAAGGAGAGCGGCCAGAAACUGCCAGCAUCUUCCGGCGGCAAGGUGUUCCAAUUGAGCGAGCCCGAGUUCAAACGGCUGCAGAGCCUGAAGAAACAGAAACAGCAGAUGCUCACGGAGAAACAGCCGGCCGGUUCGAACUGUAGCGCGGGCGUGAAAACACCGACGCAGUACCAGAAGGCGCAGUUAGUCGCGCAGACGCAGUUUCAGAAGCACCUGAGGAUGCAACAGGAGAUGCUGAGCCGGCAAAGUAGGAGCGACUUCGAGCCGUUGAUCUGCGACGUACGCACGCUGGCCAACGAGAACAGCCCGACGCAGAACUUGCUGCACAAUCUGAACCUGCCCAAGUCGAUUCAGGUGACGACCAAGACGUGCAACCAGAUCCCGAUAUUGCCGAAAAUACCGAAAUCGUUGACGGUGAUACCGCAAACGGUCACCAGACCGGCCGAGAAAUGAGAUAUAACGGACAAACGGGGGUGAACGUGUAAGUAAACAAAACUACUAGAUGUUAAUUCUGUUAGAUGUGUGGGGGUUCGUAUUUACCGACACCCUGUGGGUAAGAAAGAAAGAAAAGAAAAGAAAAAGAAAAAAAAAAGAAGGGGAAACAAAGUGGAAACGAUCGACUGCUCAUGACGAACAACUAAAGAGAGUAAAGGUGAUGAAUUUUGCGUUUCGACGUCGAUCGCGGGAGAGAUGUUGCAGGGAAAUGUUGUGAGAAAGUUUCGUGAAGGUAUCUGCUUUGUGCAAAUGUUUGACACAGAAAAAGCAAAAAAAAAAAAAAAAAAAAAAAGAAAUACCACGAAAGAAAGGGAGAAGGAGGGAAAGAGUGCGCUGUUCAAUAGAAAAUGCUGUCCUACGAUGAAUAAUCGUACGCAUCGGAUAUUCGUCGAUGCAGGUUUGAAUCUUAUUCGCGUAUACGUGCAUAUACAUACGUUGAAAAAAAAAGAAAGAAAUAUAGUUUCGUCGAGAAAUGACGCGACACGGCGAAAAAGGAAAGCAUGCUGGGGAGUAACAAUAAUUGUGUUGACGAUCUUGUUACAUUGACAACCAAAGCAAGCAGAGAGAGAAAAGAAAGAAAAUGAAACAUGGUAUAAAGAAGGAAAUCUGUUUUCAAGGAAAAGUGCCUAAAAAAAUUAAAAAAGAAAAAGAAAUAUAUAAAUGCGAACGAAGUCGUUAGUUUUUAAAUGACAGAAUAUAUGUUGGACGAACUCGAGACACACGCUAUAUUUAUGAUUGAAUAUAUACAUAUAUAUGUAUAUAUAUAUAUACCUAUAUAUAUACAUGCAUAUAAACGAAGAAAUGAAAAGAGGGAGGUUAAGGCCCCGUAAUAUAUAGGCUUUCGAGAUUAUAUAUUUAUAUAUAUGUACUCUUUCUUUUUUUCCUUUUCCUUCUUUUAAUUCGAUCAUUUGUUCGCCGUUUUUUUCUCGUUUUUUAUUUACAUAUUUAAAUACUACAUAUAUGUAAACGAAUGAAAAGAAAAAAAAAAGAAAAAGGGAGAGAACAAACGAAUGUUGGAACGAAUGGGAGGUUUAAAGAGACAAAAGAAAAGGGCGUAUGUAUCUCGAAAGGGUUGUACAUUGAGGAGCUUUAAUUUUAUCUUCUUUUGUUUCUUCGUUUAUUUCUAAAGAAAAAAAAAAAAAAAAUAUAGAAAAGGAAACUCCUCAAUGGAGGUAUACUAUUUUUCCUCGAAUUUUUCAUGAGGAACAGAACAAGAGAACCAUAUACCCGACGAACGAAAUGAAGAAGAAACUGAUAUUUGCCUUGCUGUUGUUAAAUUUGAAAAAAAAAGAAAAAAAAAAGAAAGAAACGAGAAAAAAAAGAAACAGUUUAUUGCUAGAGACAUAUCUAUCACACGUGUUCUUUGAGGUCCUAUGUCUGGAUCUCGCGGAGAGAUCGGGUGAUGCUACGAAAAAACAGUUUCACAAAUCGGUAGUUCGUUCCUUUUUCCGCGUAUAUCCUGAGAAGAGGUAUAGUCGAUUCGUGUCGAGACGAAGUCGCGUGUGUUUACGGGACUAAUUGUAAGUUGGCGCCACGGUACAGAUACGACAGUUCCCGUACGCCGAAUAUAUUUUUGUCUACCUGAGAGAAAACGAAAAGAAAGAAAAGAAAAGUACUGCGGAAUUUUAGAGGAAAAGAGAGAGAGAGAGCGAGAGAGACAGGAAGGAAUGAAAAUAGGAUGUGACUUCUUUUUUCUUUUUGCCGUGAAUAACGACGAGAAAGAUAAUAAUAGACACCUAAAAGAGAUUUAAUUGUACAUUAGA